UAUCCACGCCUGCUAUAGCGCCCCGUGGGCCGGCUGCUGUCUCCUCCCCGGAUAUUCACUGCUUUUUUCCGGGACUCUCGUAGUUAAAGCUACGUCUGCACGCCACGCCUGCACUUCAUUCCGCUGAAUGCUCCGCGGUACCGAAAGAAAAAUGAAGUUCCUUGUCGCCGUCACGGUCAUUGUGGGAUCCCUAGUUUUGUUGCUUUCCGUCAGCGGCUCGCAUGCUGAUGAGAAGAAGAAAGGACCCAAAGUCACGGCCAAGGUGUACUUUGAUAUGCGAAUCGGGGAUGAGGAUGUAGGUCGGAUUGUAAUCGGAGUAUUCGGCAAAACUGUCCCGAAGACUGUAGAUAACUUUGUCGCAUUGGCCACCGGAGAGAAAGGAUUCGGCUACAAAGACAGCAAAUUCCACCGUGUCAUAAAGGAUUUCAUGAUUCAGGGAGGAGACUUCACCCGUGGAGAUGGCACCGGAGGAAAGAGCAUCUAUGGGGACCGGUUCCCUGAUGAGAACUUCAAGCUGAAGCACUAUGGUCCAGGCUGGCUGAGCAUGGCCAACGCAGGCAAGGACACCAACGGCUCCCAGUUCUUCAUCACCACCGUCCAGACGCCCUGGCUGGACGGGAAGCACGUGGUCUUCGGCAAAGUCCUGGAGGGCAUGGAUGUCGUGAGGAAAAUCGAAGGCACGAAGACGGACGGCAGAGAUAAGCCUCUAAAAGAUGUCAUCAUCCACGACUGUGGCAAAAUUGAUGUAGAGAAGCCGUUCGCGAUUGCUAAGGAGUAAAUUAAGGGGUUUCUCUUAGGGGGUGGGAUAUAUUGGGGUUGUACCAGGUCAGCUGUUUGGAGGAUGCAGGUGUUUCCCAGUGGGCUGGUCCUGUGAGGUUCAUCCUGAGGUUUGCUGACCAGCAGUGGUGCCUGUUGCUCUUUCAUAGCAUCACUGACCUUCCUGACCCUCAGCUAACACCUUGCCUCACUUAAGGAAAGACGUUCCAGAUGGAUGUUCAGCAGUCACCUGCCUGUUUUUUGUAAAGAUGUACCUUCAAUAAAAGGAUUAAAUUUUUAAA